AAAAUGAUAAGUCUUGGACGUGAUUCUUCGAACAGUUCAAGGAAGCUUAUGGGCUACGGGAGAGCAUGUGUGUUGUAUCUGAUAGGCAUGAAAGCAUCAUCAAGGCUGUAUCCAAAGUAUAUCCUAAUGUUCCCCAUUUUGCAUGUAUAUGGCAUCUUUGGAAGAAUGUAUACAAUAAAUAUAGAAAGAGUCACAAGGUUCUGAGUGGGGUGUACUAUGCAAUGGCAAAAGCGUAUACGCAGGAUGAGUUUGACAUGCUAAUGGAAAAGGUUGAGACGGUGGAUAUUCGUGUAAAGGAUUACUUGGACUUAGCCGGCAGGGAAAAGUGGUCUAGGCUUUAUGCUCCAGUCAACCGAGCAUGGACAAUGACGUCUAAUAUUGCUGAGUCUAUCAAUUCAGCUCUCGUACAAGCAAGAGAAUUGCCAAUAUUUGAUUUUCUGGAAGAAGUUAGGAUUAUGUUUGGGCGCUGGAAUUUCACUAACCGACAAAAUGGUUCGUAUACAUUCACAACACUUGGGAAGAAAUUUAAUGAAAUGCUUUCCAUUAAUGAGCGUAAAUCUGCACGCAUGACGGUAAUACCAUCAACCGAAUACGUGCACACGGUAAUUGAUGAGGGGCGGCGUUUCAUAGUUUGUAUUGAAAAGAAGACAUGCAGUUGCAAAGAGUUUCAGAUGGAGGAGAUUCCCUGCCCACAUGCCUGGGCUAUUCUUAAGAAAAAAAAUCUCACAGCCGACAACUAUUGCUCAAAAAUAUACAAACCUGAAACUGUGAUGAAGACUUAUAAUAUCCCAGUUUAUCCUCUACCCGAUGAGAGUGAAUGGAAAAUACCUGAAUACAUUUUGGAAGAGGUAGUUUUUCCACCGAGAUACAAGAGACCGCCUGGAAGGCCAAAGAAGAAGCGCGAUAAUUCUUUAUCUGAAUGGUUUUCAACUAAACGUACAAAUUCGUGUAGUAGGUGUGGACAUGUUGGACACAAUAGGCGUUCUUGUACAAAUGAGCCUCAAAGAAACUAUUUGAAUGAAUUGUAUCCAAGAUAUCCCGGAACCAGAAUACAAUUUUCUCUAUGUGUGAAUACAAUUCUGAAUACAAUAGAACAGCUUUGUGUGGACUAUUCUGUUGUGGAUGUAUUCAACAUUGCUGAUACUAGAUACAGCAAUGUAUGGAAAUUCUGUCUGUGGAUGUAUUCAACAUCUGCUGAUUCUCGAUACAACAACGUCCAUGGCGUCGCCAGACUAUCUUUUGCCCGAGCUUUACACAGAUCUGAGCCUCACUUUCUCUGUCAGUUUAGGGAAGCAAAAGGUAGGGAAAUGAGCAAAGCAAACACUCAGAAGAGAGAGAAUGAGGCUACAGGGAGUUCAGCAUUUUUCAUUGAAAAGGGUGGUUGCCACUCUUUGCAUCUGCCAAUGAUUUUCUUAAUCACUACAAGAAUUCAAACAACCCUUUUAACAAAUUUAACAGAGGGAGUAAUAACAUUAACAGUUUCUUUGGAUGUCGAGCUGGUGGAAACGGGUGCUGGUGAUGAUGAUUUUUGUCCAUUUUUAAUUCCCUUCUUAGCUGAUUAA